AUGUCUCCUCACCACCACCAACCCCAGCACUGGCAAUGCCCCCCACCACCACCAUCCGAUAUGCCGGCACUACCCCCAACCAGCACCCAGAGCCAUCACCAACCCACCACCACACUGUCCCUAGCACUGGGACCGGCCCCCCAACACUUCCAAAACCAGCACUGCCACUGCCCUAUAUCCCCCUACCACCACCAGCCCCAUCGGCCAGCACUUGCCCCCCUGACCAACACCAUCCCUUGCGCCAGCUACGGCCCCCCCCACCACCACAAACCCCACCACCGCCACCAUCCCACGGCCCACCCGCAUACCACCACCCCAAACCCCCCACCGCCACCAUUCGGCCCACCCGCAACCACACCAACCACAACUGGCACCACUCCCCGUCCCCCCACCCACACCCAUAACCGCCACAAACCACAGCGCCAUGACCCCCCACCACCACCACCAUCCCACGUACCGCCGCCACUAUCCCCGGCCCCCCAGCCACCACCCACCACAGCCACAAACCCCAGCCACCACCAUCACCGGGCCCCCCACCACCACACCCCCACUGCAACCGCCACCAACCCCAGCGCCGUGACCAUCCCAAGUCCCCUCGAUACCGCCUACUACUGCCACCAACCCCAGCACUGCCCACCACCGCCACCUAAAAAAACCGCCACCCACCACCGCCACAAUCCCUGGCCACCACCGUCCACCUCCCGCAAAACCACCACGCCACCACCCGCCACCCACCACCGCCACCAUCUCCGGCCCACACCGCCACCUCCCGCACCCACCACCGCCACCACCACCGCCAGACCACUGCCCCAACUACCCGCCAACCCUACACCGCCACCAUCCCCACCCACCCACCACCACCCCCGCCACCCACCACCGCCACCAAUCCCCUGGCCAACCCACCGCCACCUCCCGCCACCCCCCCACCGCCACCCCCGGCCACCCACCACCGCCACCAAUCCCCGCCCCCCCACCACCCGCCACCUCCGCACCACCACCCGCCACCACCCCCGCCACCCACCACCACCUCCCGCACCCACCACCGCCACCAUCCCCUUGCCCACCACCGCCACCAUCCCCUGGCCACCCACCGCCACCUCCCACCACCACCACCGCCCACCACCGCCACCUCCGCCACCCACCACCGCCACAAUCCCCGGCCACCACCGCCACCUCCCGCAACCCACCACCGCCACCACCCGCCCACCCCACCACCGCCACAUCUCCGCCCACCACCGCCACCUCCCGCCACCCACCCCGCCACCACCCCGGCCCAACCAACGCCACCUCCCGCCACCCACCACCUCCACCAUCCCCGGCCCACCCACCGCCACCUCCCGCCACCCACCACCGCCACCCCACCCGCCACCCCACCACCGCACCAAUCCCCGGCCACCCACCACCGCCACCAUCCCGCCACCCACUACCACCACCAUCCCCGCCACCACCACCGCCACCAUCCCCGCCACCCCCCACCCCCCACCGCCCACCGACCCCACCCGCCAACGCCCCCACCCCACCACCGCCACCAUCCCCGGCCACCCACCACCACCUCCCGCCCACCCACCAACGCCACCACCCCCCCCCUGGCCACCACCGCCACCCCCCCGCCACCCACCCCCCCCGGCCCACCACCGACACCUCCCGCCACCCAUCAACCGCCACCACCCGCCACCCCACCCCACCGCCACCAAAUCCCCGGCCCACCACCGCCACCAUCCCCGGCCACCCUUACCCACCCCAUCCCGCCACCACCCACCGCCGCCACCAUCCCCGCCCACCCACCACCGCCACCCACCCUGCCCACACCCGCCACCCACCACCGCCACCAAUCCCCACCACCCACCCACCACCUCCCCCCCCCACCCACCGCCACCAUCCCCUGGCCCACCACCUCCCGCCACCCACCACCCGGCCACCCCCGGCCCACCCACCCCCGCCCACCAAUCCCCGGCCCCCACCACCACCCCCCCCGCCACCCAUCAACCGCCCACCAUCCCCCCCACCCCACGCCAGCCUGGAUCCGCCACCCACCACUCCCCGACCGCACCCACCUCCCCCAUCUGCCCACGCCAACCAUCCCCUGGCCCAACCACCCAACCACCUCCCGCCACCCACCACCGCCACCCACCACUGCCACUACCCCGCCACCCACCACCCCCCACCUCCCCGCCACCCACCACCACCUCCCCCACCACCCCACCGCCACCAUCCCCUGGCCCACCACCGCCACCUCCCGCCCCCCACCCGCACCACCGCCACCCACCACUGCCACUAUCCGCCACCCACCACCGCCACCAUCCCCGCCACCACCACCACCUCCCGCCCCCACCACCACCUCCCCGCCACCACCACCUCCCCUGGCCACCACCGCCACCAUCCCCUGGCCCACCACCGCCACCCACCACUGCACUAUCCGCCACCCACCACUGCCACUAUCCGCCACCCACCACCGCCACCUCCCAGCCACCCACCACCGCCACCCCCCACCCGCCACCCCACCACCGUCACCAUCCCCGGCCCACCGCCACCAUCCCCACGACACCACCACCGCCACCCACCACCGCCACCCCCCACCGCCCCACUACCCCCUCCACCCACCACCGCCACCUCCCGCCACCACACCACCGCCACCCACCACUGCCACUAUCCGCCACCCACCACCGCCACCAUCCCCCCCGCCACCACCACCUCCCCGCCACCCACCACCAUCCCUGCCCGCCCACCACCGCCACCAUCCCCUGGCCCACCACCGCCCCAUCCCCUGGCCCCCACCGCCCCCACUACUGCCACUAUCCGCCACCCACCACUGCCACUAUCCGCCGCCACCCACCACCGCCACCUCCCGCCACCCACCACCGCCACCACCCCCACCCCUCCCACCACCGCCACCAUCCCCGCCCACCACCGCCACCAUCCCCGACACCACCACCGCCACCCACCACCGCCACUACCGCCACCCACCACGACCAUCCCCGCCCCCACCAUCCGCCACCCACCACCCCGCCACCACACCCCUGCCACCCACCACGCCACCCACCACCGCCACCCACCGCCACCGCCACUACCGCCACCGCCACUCCCACUACCCACCACCGCCACCCACCACCGCCACCAUCCCCACCCACCACCAGCCGCCACCCACCACCGCCACUACCCGCCACCCACCACCACCGCCACCAUCCCCGCCACCCACCACCACCACUACCCGCCACCCACCACCACCAUCCCCGCCACCCACCACCGCCACCAUCCCCGCCAACCACCACCACCGCCAUCACCCGCCACCCACCGCCACCCCCACCACCGCCACCCACCACCGCCACCCACCACCGCCACCAUCCCCUCCACCCACCACCGCCACCCACCACCGCCAACCCACCACCGCCACCCACCACCGCCACCAUCCCCGUUCAUUUCAUUCUUCUUCCUCGACUCUCGUACAUUCUCCUUCCUCUUCUUGUAUUACGUCCCAAGUUCUGUUCUGGCUCCACGUCUUCAUUCUUCUUGCUGGCCAGUCUUGCUUCCAUCAUCCUCUUCCCAUUUCAAAUGAUGGUGCGUCGCACUUGCCCCUUCGGUUGCAGCUGUCGUACACCAUUACAGAAAUAUCCUAAACACCAAAAUUAUCACUUGGGCAAUGCACAAUUGGGCACAUGA